AUGACUUUUCGAUUCAAUUUUUUGUCUGAAAAUAUUAAUACUGAAGACGAAGUAAUUUUAGUUGAUGAGGUGGACGAUAAUAGUAAACUUCCACACGAGCAGACUCAAAAUAAUAAUGCAUCGAAGAUUAGUUCUAAAUUAAUUCCUGCAGACGAAAUACUUAUUACGAGUCUCAAAGAUAUUCUUCCACAAAGUUUGAUGAUUGAACGAGUCUAUUUCUCAACGAAGGAAGAAAUGGAACAAACCUUUCUUUAUAAAAGACUUGUCACCGAUGUCAAAUUUCAAAUAGCACAGGAAGAUGUAUUAGAUGAAACUGAUCAAAAUUCUUACAGUUCAGUAAAAAUCAUAGAAUUGACAGCCGAAAAUGAUUUGGUUCAAGGUGUAUAUGAAGGUGGAUUAAAAACAUGGGAGUGCUCUCUUGAUUUGAUUAGAUAUCUUUCAUCAAUUAUAAAAGAUAUUGAUCUUGUGGAUAAGAAAGUAUUAGAGCUUGGAUGUGGUUCAGCAUUACCAAGCAUCUUUUUACUUUCAAACCAACAAUUUCUGCGUAUUGAUUUUCAAGAUUAUAAUGAACAAGUGUUAAAAUUAGUUACUAUACCAAAUAUACUUGUUAAUACAAUUUUCCGUUCACAAACAAUCAAUAGUUUUUAUAAUGAUGAUGUAGCGGAAUUAAAUGUUUCCAAUGAGGAAAAAUGUUUAGAACAAGUGAAGUUUAGUCGAUUUUUUAAAGGAGAUUGGAGUCGAUUGUUGGAAGUAAUGAAUUUACAAUCAAACGAAGAAAAAUACGAUAUUAUUCUAACUUCAGAAACUAUUUAUAAUUCAGAUUCUCUUCCCAAGCUUUAUAAUGUCAUCAAAAAUUCUUUAAAACGACCGAAUGGUGUUGCAUAUAUUGCUGCUAAAACUAUUUAUUUUGGAGUUGGGGGUGGAAUUUUGGCAUUUCGUCAUAUUAUUGAACAAGAAAACUUGUUUGAAAUUAGUGUUGUAUAUACUGUGACUGAACAUGUUCGAAGAGAAAUAUUGAAAUUAUCAUUUUUAAAUUCUAUUUCUUAA